CUCACCCUAUUUGGGUGUAGGUUGUCUUGUUGCCUAUUCAAAUGAUGUUAUCUCAUACACUCAUGUAGUAUCAAAACCAAACUUGAAAUACAAACCAAAGUUACCAAACUACUACUACUAUACAUUGUAUAUGUAUACUCCGGAGAAAGGAGGAAAAGAAAUACGAAAUGGUCUUUCUUCAAUCGGAUCUUCGCUCGGCUAUCCAGAUUGCGGCCACAUUCUGUUACCUCAACCCGGUUCGCUCCGACUUCCGGUCCGAAUCUCGUGCCUCCGUCCCUACGCCGGCUAUCUUUUCACCGGAGACGGUGUUGCCGUCGCCGAGGUUGAGAGCUUUCCACGCGGUGGCUAGUAAUGCGGCGGUGAAAACCACUGGGCAGCCUUCGAUUUGUACCGCCGAUGAACUUCACUACGUUUCUGUCCACAAAUCCGAUUGGAGGCUCGCUCUCUGGCGCUACAAGCCUUCUCCCAAGGCGCCUCCAAGAAAUCACCCUCUGUUGCUAUUGUCUGGAGUUGGAACGAAUGCGACCGGAUAUGAUCUCGCGCCCGGGUCGUCAUUUGCACGGUAUAUGUCCAGCCAAGGAUAUGAUACAUGGAUUCUUGAAUUUCGAGGUGCUGGGUUGAGCACAGGGAUGAAAUCUGGGAAAGUUGAGCAGCCUGUUAAUGCUAUUUCUGAACCGAUUAAUUCAGCCGUCAAGCAUAAGGAAACUGGUGCAGACUGUUCAGAACUUCGGCCUGAUAUCAGCUCUGAUACUUCUACAGAAUCUGAGGUCUCUUCUGCCAAUGAAAAAAGGACAAAGAUGAUGACCAAAUCUGAUGAGUCACAGAUGAUGACUAAAUCCGAUGAGUCCCAAUUACUGACAAAGUUGACAGAAACUAUUACAAAUUUAUCUGAAGGUCUAUUAGAAGCAAGGCCAGAUUCUCCAAUUGCCAGCCAAAUCAGGGAUUUGAGUCGAAGGCUCGUAAAUAUAAUUGAAGGUCAGCGAACAGUUUCUCCACGGUUUAUUGAUUUGCGAGAGUAUUUUUCUAUGAUAAUAGAAGAUUUCCGGAAACAGCUUGACCUCAUUGUGAAGUAUGACUGGGAUUUUGAUCACUAUCUUGAAGAGGAUGUUCCUGCUGCGAUGGACUACAUAAGGACUCAUUGCAAACCAAAAGAUGGCAAGUUGCUUGCAAUUGGUCAUUCCAUGGGGGGUAUCUUGCUAUAUUCAAUGCUUUCACAAAACAGUUUUAAAGGCAGGAACUCUGAGUUUGCAGCGGUCGUCACAUUGGGCUCAUCGCUCGAUUACACUACUUCAAAAUCAGCAUUGAAAUUGCUUUUACCGCUGGCAAAUCCCGCACAGGCUUUAAAUGUUCCUGUUAUUCCAUUAGGCACAUUACUCGCUGCUGCUUAUCCUCUUGCAUCCGGUCCUCCUUAUGUUUUGGCUUGGUUGAAUCCUCUGAUUUCUGCAGAGAACAUGAUGCAUCCAGAGUUGUUUGAGAAGCUUGUUUUAAAUAACUUCUGUACAAUACCCACUAAGCUGCUUUUGCAGUUAACAACAGCCUUCCGAGAGGGCGGACUAUGUGACAGGAGUGGAACUUUCUUUUACAAGGAUCAUCUUUACAAAAGCAAUGUGCCUGUUUUAGCACUUGCUGGAGAUCAAGACCGAAUCUGUCCACCUGAAGCUGUAUAUGAAACUGUCAAGCUGAUUCCUGAGAAUUUGGUUACGUACAAAGUCUUUGGUGAACCAGGUGGACCACAUUAUGCUCACUACGAUCUUGUGGGAAGCCGUUUGGCAGCAGAGCAAAUAUAUCCGCUUAUAAUCAACUUUAUCAGUCUUCAUGAUAAAAUUGAUUCCCAGUAGAGGGCAAACAUAAAAUAUCUUAUUCAUGCUCUGCCUGAUUUUCUCCAUGGUUAAUGAAGAAAAGACUGGAGAUGGAGCAGGGAAAAAUUACACCGAACCAAAAAAUAUAAUACAUCUGAUGUGAGGAAAUAGAAAAAGUUUGUGACGACACAUGCAUUUCUUUUUCUAAGCAUUUCCAUCAGGCAAGGGAAGGCCAACAAUCAAACACAAACACGGUUCGGCAUAAACACUGUUUCGUCUAGGAGUCGUAUGGAGAAUUACGAGUUCUGUGAGGAUUACAUGUAAGAACUUUGUAUGCUUCCAGUUUCUUGGUGGAAACGGGUUUAAGGCUUUCUUCUGGAAAGCCAUUCAGUGUAUUUGUAAAUUAAUAAUUAUGUACACAAUGUAUCUGUAACCAGAAUUUAAAUUUGUACUUGGUGAUAUACUCUUUUUUGUUUGCACCUAUAUAUAUAGUCUUUAUUGUGUCAGACUUUGUCGCAGAAAUCUGUGCCACACAGAAAACACUGGGCGCACAUGUUUGUACUCUUUCUAACGUCCAACAUUUUGCACAAA